AUGCGCUUGACCGUCGAACUGAUCCAAAAUUCCCUGUCGUACAUCAACCCGCUCAAGGACCGCGAGCUAGAUCUACGAGGGCACAAGAUUCCCGCGAUUGAGAACCUGGGUAUAGCCAAGGACCAAGACGCCAUCGAUCUCACAGACAACGACAUCACAACCCUGGGCAACUUCCCGUUCUUCCCGCGCCUGCACACCCUCCUCCUGGCGCGCAACCGCAUCAAACACAUCCAACCCACCCUCGCCUCCUCGGUGCCGAACCUCACGGCCGUGAACCUGACGGCCAAUGCGGUAUCUGAGCUCGCGGACCUCGAUCCCCUGCGGGGAUUAACUGGGUUGACGCAUUUGGUUGUUUUGGAGAAUCCGGUUACGAGGAAGGAGCACUACCGCCCCUACCUCAUCUGGCGCAUCCCCAGCCUGCGCUUCCUGGACUAUCAGAAAGUGAAAGACGCGGAGCGCGAGCGAGCCACCGAGCUCUUCGGUACGGCGGAGCAGCCCUCCGCGCUCGCGUCGAAGAUCAUGGGUGUCAAGUCCCGUACCUUCGAUGUGCCCGGUGGUGCUCCUUCUGAGCGCCCCGGCGCUGGUGAGCGCGCGGUGCGCGUGAAGUUGACGGAGAAGGAGCGCAAGCGUGUGGAGAAGAUGAUAAGGGAGGCUAAGAGUUUGCAGGAGAUUUCGCGGUUGGAACGCGAGUUGAAUGAGGGCAGGAUACCCGGUGGUGCGGUCGAUUAUGCUGAUAGUGGGGAUGAGAUGGAGUCGUAGGUUUGGGGUUAGAUUGUUUUUACUUCAAUGGAGU